AUGGGUGGCCGAGUUGAUGGAUCUAUCAAUCACUCAAACGGGCCAUACGUUUUCAGGAUGUGUCGUCAGAAUUAUCAUCGUAUAGGAUCUUUAUUGCCUGAAAUUGGUAAAAGACCCCAGUUUGCUCAGCUAUAUAUAUCUGAUACUAAAAAUGAGAUAAACAACAGAAUGAAUUAUCUGCUAGAAGGAGACAUUGAUCCUGAAAUUGUUCAAGGCUUAUCAGUAAUGUUGGAGGAGCAUAAUAUAUUGGUUAAAACAUUUCGAAUGGCUAGAGAUAGAUAUAAAGAGCAUCCUGAACGUGAAUUUCGCCUACGUCUCCUAUCUAAUAGGACAACGGAUGGUCGACAAUAUAAUUUACCCACAACUUCUGAAGUAGCUGGAUUAAUAGUGGGUGAUCUUACGGAAGAAAACUUCCAGCGAGAUAUUAUUGUAGAGCAUAGGAAAAAUGGACUUCAAAGAAUUUCUGAUCUACACCCAAGUUUUAUGUCUAUGACAUAUCCACUAAUACACCCUUAUGGUGAAGAUGGAUAUAGAGUUGGAAUAAAUUUGGGAGAUGUCAUCAACAAGACUUACAAGCGACAAAAAUUAACAAUGAGAGACUUCUAUUGCUUUAGAAUACAACAAAGACUUAACGAGGGUAAGACUCUCUUGCUAGCCGGUAGACUAUUACAACAAUACAUUGUUGACGGUUACAUGGCAAUCGAGGAAGAAAGAUUUCGUUAUAUUCGGAAUAAUCAACCAAAACUCAGAGCUGAUCUUUACUCUAGCUUAAUGGAUGCCAUUCUUCGUGGUGAUUCAGAUUGUUCUUUGGUAGGAAAAACAGUUAUCUUACCUUCAUCUCACACCGGAGGACCUCGCUAUCGGGCACAAAAUUAUCAAGAUGCAAUGGCAAUUUGCAGGUGGGCUGGAUAUCCAGAUUUGUUCCUCACUUUCACAUGCAAUCCAAAGUGGCCCGAAAUAAAUGAAAUGCUUCGCUUAAUAGAACAAUCUGGUGAUGAUAACAGGGUGGACAUUAUAUGCAGAGUGUUCCAAAUCAAGUUAUUCCAAUUAAUGCAAGAUCCGAAAAAGCAACAACCUUUUGGAAAAAUAAUUGCAUGUUUAUAUACAAUUGAGUUUCAGAAAAGAGGACUACCUCAUGCACAUAUACUACUCUUCCUGCAUCCUACAUUAAAAAGUCCAUCUAUAGAUCAUAUCAACACAAUGAUAACAGCUGAAAUACCCAAUAUGGAAGUAGACCCGGAUGGUUAUAAAGCUGUAAAGAACUACAUGAUGCAUGGACCUUGUGGAGACCUCAAUCCAGGAUGCCCAUGUAUGAAGCAAGGAAAAUGCACCAAGCAUUUUCCAAAGAAGUUCAAUAAUCAAACAACUUUUGAUGCAGAUGGGUUCCCAAUUUAUAGGAGAAGAAACACAGGUACUAAAGUCAAUAAAAAUAAUGUCUUUUUAGAUAACAGAUAUGUCGUCCCUUAUAACAGGAAUUUGAUUGUCAAAUUUGAUGCACAUAUAAAUGUCGAGUUGUGCAAUUACUCGAGAUCAGUGAAGUACCUAUUUAAAUAUGUGAAUAAGGGAUCUGAUAGAGCAACAAUUGGUAUAGAAUGCUCAGAUACUCCCACAGAACGUGAUGAGAUCAAAAGAUAUCUAGAUUGUAGAUACAUAUCAGCUACAGAAGCUUGCUGGAGGAUCUUUUCGUUUGACAUACAUCAUAGACAGCCAGCAGUUGAGCGUUUGCCAUUCCAUUUACAAGGAGAAAACACCAUAGUAUUCCAAGAAGAAAGGUGUCCUGAAAGCAUACUAAACAGACCCGAUAUAGUAAAAACAAAAUUCACGGAAUGGUUUGAGGCAAACAAAGAAUAUGAGGAUGCGCGAGAGCUAACAUAUUCAAAUUUUCCUACACGUUGGGUCUGGGAUGCAACAUGCAAAAGAUGGACUAGAAGAAAAAAGGGGAAGUCAGUUGGUAGAAUUUACUUCGCACAUCCUGCAAGUGGGGAACGAUUUUACAUGAGAAUGCUACUUAAUUUUGUCAAAGGAAGCACUUCUUUUGAAAGCAUCAGAACAAUUAAUGGAGUCCGGUAUGAUACUUAUAAGGAGGCAUGCUACGCAUUGGGAUUAUUGGAGGAUGAUAAAGAAUGGAAUGACUGCUUGGCUGAAGCUGCAUGUUGGGCAUCAGGAAAUGAGUUGAGAAAUCUGUUUGUGACGAUACUAAUUCACUGUCAAGUGUCUGAUUCGUCCAAACUUUGGAGGAGCAACUAUGAAAUUUUAUCAGAAGAUAUAACAUCAUUACAACGAAAGAGAUUUCAAUUGGAAGAUUUAAAGUUAAAUGAAAAACAACUUGAAUCAUAUACGUUGUUUGAGAUAGAAACCAUACUUCUGAAGAUAGGAAAAAGUUUGAAAGACAUACAUGGAAUGCCACUUCCAGAUUCUACUUUGAUGAAUGACACAGGGAAUCGCCUAAUCAAUGAGGAACUAGAAUAUGACAAAGGUUUCUUAAAGGAAGUACAUGAUAAAUCAUUCGCUCUUUUAAAUGAUUGUCAAAACAUAGCUUAUGAAGCAGUAAUAAAAUCAGUUGUUAAUGAAGAAGGACGCUUAUUUUUUAUAAAUGGGCAUGGUGGUACCGGGAAGACAUUUUUAUGGAAUACAAUAAUUUCCAGGCUGAGAUCAGAAUCAAAAAUAGUUCUUCCAGUUGCUACUUCUGGAAUAGCCGCUUUGUUAUUACCAAAUGGCAGGACAGCACAUUCACGAUUCCAUAUUCCUUUGGACAUUAGUGCAGAAUCAACUUGUGAAAUAAGACAAGGAAGCCAGUUAGCCGAACUACUUUUGAAAACAUCUUUAAUCAUUUGGGAUGAAGCGCCAAUGGCAAAUAAAUUUUGUUUUGAAGCCUUAGAUAGGACCUUGCGAGAUAUCCUUCGAUUAAAAUAUGAAAACAGCGCAGACAAACCAUUUGGAGGCCUUACAAUGGUAUUUGGUGGUGAUUUUCGUCAAAUACUACCGGUGAUUCCAAAAGGAACACGAGCUGAUAUUUUAGAUGCAUCACUCAACUCUUCAUAUUUGUGGCCAUUCUUUAAAAUUUAUGAGCUGAAACAAAAUAUGCGACUUUGUUGUGGAAGAGUAUCUGAUUAUGAAGCCGCUGAAGUUACUACUUUCGACAAAUGGUUGUUACAAAUUGGGGAUGGAUCCUUUUAUAGUGAUGUUGACAAUGACCUUAUUAAAGUGCCUACUGAUAUAUGUAUAAUGCCAUCCAAUGAUCCAAUCGGAUCAAUCGUCGACGCAGUUUACCCGUCCCUCUUGCAGAAGUACAAUGACCCAACAUAUUUGCAAGAAAGAGCAAUACUUACUCCUAAAAAUGAAAUGGUCCAUGAAUUGAAUGAUACAAUUAUGAAAAUGAUUCAAGGUGAAGGAAGAACAUAUUUUAGCUCUGACAAUGUGUGUAAAGCAAGUGUGAACACUAAUGAUGAAGAUCUAUUGUACCCAACGGAAUUUUUAAAUAGCUUAAGAUUUCCUGGAAUUCCUAAUCAUGAAGUACAGUUAAAAGUAGGAACUCCAGUUAUGCUUCUGAGGAAUCUAAAUCAAAGUGAAGGACUAUGCAACGGAACAAGAUUGAUUGUCACACAUCUUGGUAACUGGUCUAUUAGUGCAAAUAUCAUCUCCGGAAAAAACAUUGGCUCGAAAGUAACAAUACCAAGAAUUAUUAUGUCUCCUAAUGAUUCAAAGUGGCCAUUCAAGUUAAACAGACGUCAACUUCCUGUAGCACCAUGUUUCGCUAUGACAAUUAAUAAAAGUCAAGGACAGUCUCUCAACCAUGUUGGAUUAUAUCUUCCUAAACAAGUAUUCACUCAUGGCCAAUUAUAUGUAGCACUAUCCCGAGUAACAAAAAGACAAGGAUUAACUAUUCUAAAUGUUGACGACGACAUGGAAGAUCCUAUGUUCAUUAAAAAUAUCGUUUACACAGAAGUCUCUCGUCUUGAUGGCACUUCAAUAAUAGGAGCUGAAUUGAUCAAUUUCUGA